GCCUGAGUGACGGAAAUCAAGUUUCGAAGCGGAGCGUGCGCAUCUGGUAGAAUCCCAAAAUCGAUGACUGGCGUUGCUGGGAUGGGCUUAAAACAUCCUCUAUCGUUCUCCCAUCUCUCAAACUUACAAGCCCACAUCGCAUCCACAUUAUACCUACCUUGCAGACUCUGAGGUCAUGCCCGACGACAACACGGUUUUAUUGCAGGACACCAUCACAUCCACAUCCGAAGGCAUGAAUGUAGCAGAGGAUGCUACUGGAGCCGAGGCGGCUCCAGAAGAUAAAGGAUUGUCUUGCAUGCAUCUGGAGACCAUAUGAUCCAUCGUUCAUCAAGCCUGUCUCUCAGCGCAUAGAUCUGAACAACUAUUUCUAUCUCGAUGUCCAAUAUGAGGAUGAGCAAUCACCCCCUGAACUGGUUGUGAGCAACUUCAGCAGUGUAUUGGUUGAUUUCCUUCGCUACGCCAUUGGGAAUGAUUUCUUCAAACAAAACCCGACGUAUCCUCUUCUGGAUUUUUUCGCAAGAAUAGAUGACCUUCGGGCCGAUCUUGCGGACGUCCGAGAAGUUCUUACUUCAAAUUUGGCUGGUGAAGAUCUCAAGCAAAAAGCGAAUGAUAUGGGUUGCACAGAUGCAUUGGGCCUACAUAAAACCGAGGAAGACGCCCGGCGGUACUUAGAGGACGUGUCGGAGCAUUUUGGCGUCCUAUUAGGUAUGAUAGAGAAAGAAUUCGAACCGACAGCUCAAGAACUCGAGCUUCAACUCUCUUACGGACACAUUGCUUUCGACUUGCUCAUAUACUACUUCAAGCGGGGUAUCAAGUACUAUACUAUACAGAAGGGUGACCUUAUUGGAUUUACGCUCAAUAGCGCAAGCUAUAAUGGCAGUUUAGCCUCAUUUUUCCUGAAUUCCGAGACAACGAGGUGGAACGGAUACAGAUACAUCGACGAGACAAAGAAUUUCUCGGUUCCAAAAUACGCUGGAACGGUGAAACUGUCACAACUGGAUUGCAAAAUCAUGACAGACGAUGUACGCGCCAAGCUAACCGCCCGAGGGAAUUUGUAUGGAUCAUUUUCUGGUGGUUUCCAUUACAAGUCAUACGAAGGGAGUCGAAUCAUUGUCGAUGAGCGUGCAUUCAAUUAUAGACAGGGCUACACAUGUGAACCAGACGAGAAGAUCCCUGACAUUCCAGAGGGCAAACACGAUCAACUUCCGGCUUUUGUGAAUGGUUUCGAUCUCAAGAGCAAACGAUGGAAAUCAUUCCACGUCGAAAAUAUUGAUGACAUCACGUAUGACGAGAAGGCCUGGGACCACUUGGUUGUAGAUGAUGAUGUUAAAAACCUGAUCAAGGGACUUGUCAAUGUUACUAAGAAUGUCAACACGUCGCAGCAUCUUAUGUCGGACGUCAUCACAGGUAAAGGUGGAGGUUUGAUUGCGGUACUUCAUGGGCCUCCUGGGACCGGAAAGACGCUUACAGCUGAAGCUGUCGCUGAACACCUCAAGAGGCCUUUGUACAUCGUGAGCUCUGCGGAAUUGUCGACAGAGCCUUCACACCUAGAAUCUAAGCUUUCGGCGAUAUUGAAGUUAGCUACCGUAUGGGACGCCGUAGUUCUUCUUGACGAAGCUGACGUGUUCCUGGAACAGAGGAGUUUCCAUGACCUGAUACGCAACGCACUGGUUUCCGUUGCAUUAAAGGUCAUUGAGUACCACCGCGGUGUGCUCUUCUUGACAACAAAUCGCAUUCAAACGUUUGACGACGCCUUUCUUUCGAGGUUCUCCAUUGCGAUCAAAUAUCCUGAGUUAGAUGCUACGGCCCGGCUUACGAUCUGGAAAAAGUUCAUCGAGCUUGCUGGGUGGCCAUUUUUCGACUCAAAGUCUGAAGAGUUUGUCAACAUUGAUGGUAAAGAGCCACGUUGUUAUGUUUCUCACUCAGAUCUGGAGGCAUUAGCGCAAAAACCGUUUAAUGGACGCACCAUUAAGAACCUUGUCCGGACCGCCCAGGCGUUAGCACUCUCUGCAAAUGAACCGCUUUCCCUCGACCAUGUCAAGGUCGUUAUCCGUGCGCAAGAGAAAUUUUUGACAGAGUUUGCGCAAAUCCGCUCUUAGUUAGCACCUUAUCGAUCGUAUCAGUCCAAGUAUAUCCAUGUCAAUAUUGUAACACCACC